AGAAGAAGAAGAAAAACGAAGAAGCAUAGAAGAAGAAACUCUUUAAGAAUUGAUUUUGUAGUUUAUUUACAAUUUGUAACGAAAUAAAUGAUUGCACUCAGUCUGUCUGYUUAUAAUUUAGUUUGAGUAGCUACUAGCUCGCCAGCUUUAGCAUCCUCUCAGUUGCCAUUUAACAUGGAUUAUAGCUGACGCUACCUCACGUUGACAUAACAUAAGUUCAGCUAGCAUCAUCAUGUCACAGGAAGAGCUGUUCGAGAACUCGGGGCAGUGUGGCGGCGGUGUCAACGCGGACAAACGAAACAAAAGUUUUCUUGGUCUCAUUGCCACGGGGGUAGUAGGGGGGUCGCUGGUCGCUCUGUACGCGGUGGCUGCUCCGUUUGUCGCCCCUGCCCUGAGAAAAGUCUGCCUGCCCUUUGUCCCAGCGACCCCAGCUCAGGUGCAGAAUGUCCUCCAGGCGCUUCGGGCAAGAUCAGGGACCCUGGUGGACAUCGGAAGCGGGGAUGGACGGAUAGUGAUUGCAGCAGCCAAGCAUGGGUUCCAGGCAUCAGGUUUUGAGCUGAACCCCUGGCUUGUAUGGUACUCUCGCUAUAAGGCCUGGAGAGCUGGAGUGCACCGCUCCACCUCCUUCCACAUCUCUGACUUGUGGAAGGCUAGUUUUGCUCCAUACUCCAAUGUUGUUAUUUUUGGAGUCCCCCAAAUGAUGGAUCAGCUGGAGCUGAAGUUGUCAAGUGAACUACCAGUUACAGCCAAGGUGGUUGCCUGCCGCUUCCCCUUUCCUACAUGGAUCCCUGAAUGUACUGAAGGAGAGGGCAUAGAUACUGUGUGGGUUUAUGACGCCAGGACAUUUAAAACAAACCUGCACCAGGGAGUGGCAAGAAACACGUUGAUAGAAAAACAGAAUAAACCAGAUUCAUGUUCAUAAGAUAAUUUUGCUUUUGUUAAAAUAUCAUCGUGUUCUCCA